AUGGCUGCUAAGAUCGUGGAUAGAGGUUACUUGACCAAAUGCCGGCUAGAAGAGGCGCGAAUAGCAAGAGGAGAAGAGGUUCCGUGGUACGCUGACUUUGGAAACUACUUGGUGUGCAGGGAAGUUCCAAGUGGAUGGAGUGGUUACCAAAGAAAGAAGUUCUUCAAAGAUGUGGUUCACUACUACUGGGAUGAGCCCUAUUUGUUCAGAAAAGGGAAUGAUAACUUGUUCAGAAGAUGUGUGGCUAAAGAGGAAGUUGAGGGAAUCUUGUUCCAUUGCCAUGGGUCAAGUUAUGGAGGCCAUUUUGCGGUUUUAAGACGGUCCAGAAGGUGUUGCAAGCAGGUUUUUGGUGGCCGAGUAUGUUCAAAGACGCUCAUGCCUUCAUCUCUAAGUGUGAGGCUUGCCAAAAGGCAGGGAACAUCACGGCAAGGAACGAGAUGCCUCAGAAUCCUAUCUUGGAAGUUGAAAUGUUUGACGUUUGGAGUCCCAAGAUGUGUGAUCAGUGAUGGAGGAACUCACUUUGUGAACAAGGUGUUUGAGAACCUUUUGAAGAAAUAUGGUGUAAAGCACAAGAUAGCUACACCAUACCACCCUCAAACUAGUGGUCAAGUGGAGGUAUCUAACAAGCAAAUCAAGGCCAUACUCCACAAGACAGUGAACUCAUCAAGGAAGGACUGGUCAGAGAAAUUGGAUGAUGCUUUGUGGGCUUAUAGAACUGCUUACAAAACGCCAAUUGGGAGAUCUCCAUACUCUUUGAUCUAUGGGAAAUCUUGCCAUUUGCCCCUUGAGUUGGAAUAUAGAGCUAGAUGGGCAAUUAAGUUCCUAAACAUGGAGCUAAGUACAGCUAAGGAGAAGCGGGAAAUGGACCUCCACGAACUAGAGGAGAUUCGCUUGGAUGCUUAUGAGAGUUCUCGAAUAUACAAGGAGAGAACUAAGGCCUUCCAUGACAAGAGAAUCACUCCCAAGGUUUUCAAAGAGGGAGAUGAUGUGCUCCUCUACAACUCAAGGCUCAAGCUAUUCCCUGGGAAGCUGAAGUGUCGCUGGUCAGGACCAUUCAAGGUCAAGGAAGUGAGCCAUCACCCUAGUGAACAACAAUGGAGUUGA